UUUGCAUCUUUGACCAACCCGAGGCUUUCUUUCCGGCACGUGACCGGAGGAGGCGGGAAUUUAGGUCCGGCGCCUUCUCCUUGCUCCUCGGGGUCACGGCCUUCCUCCUGCUGGGCGAGGGAAGUGUCCUGCCCUCCACGCGCGUGUGUGCGCGCGGUUCCUGACGUGCUCGUGGGUCCGCAGUCGACUCUGCGGGGACUGAGGCAGGAACAAUGGGCGGGACGGCCAGCACCCGCCGGGUCACCUUCGAGGCGGAUGAGAACGAGAACAUCACCGUGGUGAAGGGCAUCCGGCUUUCAGAAAAUGUGAUUGAUCGAAUGAAGGAAUCCUCUCCAUCUGGUUCGAAGUCUCAGCGGUAUUCUGGUAUUUAUGGUGCCUCAGUUUCUGAUGAAGAAUUGAAAAGAAGAGUGGCUGAAGAACUGGCAUUGGAGCAAGCCAAGAAAGAAUCUGAGAAUCAGAAACGACUAAAGCAAGCGAAAGACCUGGACCGAGAGAGGGCUGCAGCCAAUGAGCAGUUAACCAGAGCUAUCCUUCGAGAGAGGAUAUCAAAUGAGGAGGAACGCGCGAAGGCAAAGCACCUGGCUAAGCAGCUGGAAGAGAAAGAUCGAAUGAUAAAGAAGCAGGAUGCGUUCUACAAAGAGCAGCUGGCUAGACUGGAGAAGAGGAGCUCAGAGUUCUACAAAGUCACCACUGAGCAGUAUCAGAAAGCUGCUGAAGAAGUAGAAGCCAAGUUCAAGCGGUAUGAUUAUCAUCCAGUCUGUGCUGAUCUGCAGGCCAAAAUCCUCCAGUGUUACCGUGAGAACACCCAGCAGACCCUCAGCUGCUCCACUCUGGCUAACCAGUACAUGCACUGUGUCAAUCAUGCCAAACAGAGCAUGCUGGAGAAGGGAGGAUAAAAUCAACUGUAGAACAUGCAAAACUCCUCCAACUUUAAUUCCAGAAGUGGAACACUUUCUUUCCCGAGUAGGAAAAUAAUGCAUUUAAAGAGAAGACCACUAAAGAGAAAUGCCAGAAAAUGAACUCUGUGAAAUCAUAUCAUGUUUUGCUCAACAGCAGCUUCAGAAGCCAAGGUCUAGAUCAGGAAUCAGUCAUCAAAGGACACUGUUCUGUACCAGUAAAUCCAAUUUAUAAAAAAAAUAAAAGAGAAGGGCAGCGCUCUCCACCGUUUUGUA